ACAUAGAUGAGUGUGCAGUGAACAGGUUACUGUGUGACAACGGCCUGUGCAGGAACACUCCAGGUAGUUUCACCUGCCACUGUCCCACCGGCUUCCUGUUCCACGCUGAGACGGAUGUCUGCGAAGACAUUGAUGAGUGUGAGUCGAAGCCGUGUGUGAACGGGGACUGUAAGAACAGCCCGGGGUCCUACGUGUGUCUCUGCUCAGCAGGCAGCACGCUGGACGCCUCUGGAACACAGUGUAUAGAGACCAGUAAAGGCACAUGUUGGCUGAAGGUGAUUAACGGACGCUGUGAGAUCAACAUCAACGGAGCCACUCUGAAAUCCCACUGCUGCUCCACACUGGGAGAGGCCUGGGGAAGUCCUUGUGCCAAGUGUGAACCAGGCCUGGGGAAGACCCUGUGCCUUAGUGUCAGAGGGACCAUCUGUGAAGAUGUUAAUGAGUGUGAGGUGUUUCCGGGGGUGUGUAUCAAUGGGAAGUGUGUGAACACCGUGGGUUCCUUCAUCUGCCAGUGUCCCCCUGGGAUGACUGUCGACGCCACCGGACGGACAUGUAUAGACCUGCGUACAGAGCAGUGUUAUCUGAGCCACGAGGAUGAGCGUUGCGGAGCCCCUAUCCCGGGUCGUCACCGUGUGGACGCGUGCUGCUGCUCAGUGGGUGUGGCCUGGGGCCCGGAAUGUGAUGAGUGUCCGGGAAGUUCUCAGGAGUACAGCCAGCUCUGUCCCAGGGGACCCGGCUUCGCUAACAGAGGAGACUUCAUUAAUGGACGGCCCUUCCUCAAAGAUAUAAACGAGUGUAAGAUGAUCCACAGCUUGUGCUCCAAUGGGAAGUGUAGGAACACCAUCGGUAGUUUCCGUUGUCGCUGUGACAACGGCUUCGCUCUGGACUCUGAUGAGAGGAACUGUACAGACAUCGACGAAUGCCGUAUCUCUCCAGACCUGUGUGGUCAGGGCACGUGUGUGAACACAGGUGGGGACUUCGAGUGCGAAUGUUUUGAAGGUUACGAGAGCGGCUUCAUGAUGAUGAAGAACUGCAUGGACAUUGAUGAGUGUGAGCGGAACCCUCUGCUGUGUCGCGGUGGUGAGUGUGUGAACAACGAGGGCAGCUUCCAGUGUGUGUGUCCCGACGGACACGAGAUUGCCCCCGACGGAUCCGCCUGUCUCGAUAUUAAUGAGUGUGAACUGAGUGAAAAGCUGUGUCGGAACGGUCAGUGUGUGAAUAUGAUUGGACGUUACCAGUGUUCCUGUGAUACUGGAUAUAAAUCCACAGAGGACAGACUGGCCUGUGUCGACAUUGAUGAGUGUACGAUCCAGAAUGGAGGUUGUGAGACAUUCUGUACCAACUCAGAGGGGAGCUAUGAGUGCAGCUGUCGCUCUGGAUACGCCCUGAUGCCAGACCUCAGGACCUGCACUGGUCAGUAGGACUGUUAGAUGAUCUCUCUCUGUCUCUCUC